AUGAUGGACAGCCGCAUCCUGGAUCACCCCCAUGCCCAGUUCGGGGGCUCGCUGGGCGGCAUGGUGGGCUUUCCCUACCCCCUAGGCCACCACCACGUCUACGAACUGGCGGGGCACCAGCUGCAAUCCGCGGCGGCGGCGGCUGCUGCCGCUGCCUCGGUCCCCUUCUCCAUAGAUGGAUUACUGAACGGUUCUUGCGCUGCCUCAGUAGUCAAUCCCACCCCACUGCUGCCGUCGGGCUGCGGGGUGAGCGGGGACAGUCAGACCUUCAAGCUGUCAGACUCCGGAGACCCGGAUAAGGAGAGUCCAGGCUGUAAGCGGAGAAGAACCCGCACCAACUUCACGGGCUGGCAGCUGGAAGAGCUGGAGAAGGCCUUUAACGAGAGCCACUACCCAGACGUCUUCAUGCGGGAAGCUCUGGCUCUACGUUUGGAUCUGGUGGAGUCUCGAGUCCAGGUCUGGUUCCAAAACCGCCGGGCCAAAUGGAGAAAGAAGGAGAACACGAAGAAAGGGCCGGGGCGGCCGGCUCACAACUCUCAUCCCACCACGUGCAGCGGGGAGCCCAUGGACCCAGAGGAGAUAGCCCGAAAGGAGCUGGAGAAGAUGGAGAAGAAGAAACGCAAGCAUGAGAAGAAAUUGCUCAAGAGCCAGAGCCGCCACCUGCACUCUCCCAGCAGCCUGUCCUUGCACAGUACGCCCAGCUCCGACAGCGAUAGCGGCGGCGGCGGCCUCUCCCCGGAGCCCCCGGAGCCGCCCCCGGGCAAGGGCGCACGGCCCGCCCCCAGCGCCGCCAGCGAGCCACCGGCCCCCGGCAGCUGCGACCCAGCCUUUUACCCCAGCCAAAGAAGCGGCGCCGGCCUGCAGCAGAGGCUGAGCCGGCUCCCGGAUAAGGACUCCUCUUCCUCCUCUUCGUCCUCCUCCUCUUCGUCGUCCUCCUCUUCGUCCUCCUCAUCGGACUGCGCCCCGGGUCGAGGCUCCUCCGGCUUCCCUAAGCCCAGCCCGUUCAGCGUAGAGAGCCUUCUGUCUGACUCACCCCCGCGCCGGAAAGCGCCGGCGACUCUGGACUUUGCGCCGGGCCUUCCUUGUGCCCCGCGGACCCUCAUCGGCAAAGGACAUUUCCUACUCUAUCCGAUCACCCAACCCCUCGGCUUCCUCGUCCCCCAGGCGGCCCUUAAGGCCGGGCCCGGCCCGGAGCAGGCUCCUAAAGACGCCCCACCAGCUCCCCCGCCCCUCGCCUCUAACCCUGGCCAGGCCAGUUUCGGGCCAGCCCCGGGGCCUCCAGUUUACCCUGGCCCGGGCUCCACGAACUCUCCCUUUGCCAACUGUAGCCCAGACAGCAGCAGCGGGGGCGGCCCGGCUGGGACAGCCCUGGCACCCCCUGCUUGCAGGGACUCGGCGGAGGGCGGCGGAGUUGGAGCGGGAGCUGGAGCUGGAGCGGGCUGCGGGGCAGAAGCAGGUGGGAGUGGGGGAGGCUUUCCCCAGUCGCCCUCUCCUGCACCGCUCCCUGGGGAGCCCAGCCCCUGCGGGGACACGGCGAACUGUAGCGCGACCGAGCCAGGAGGCCCCACAGAGCCUGGCGGUCCUGAUUGCGAAGAGCUCGAUAUGGACUAA